AUGGCUUACUUCUUCUCAAAAGCCAGGUUAGCGACCUUUUCCAAGUUCGCCGCAGGUGCCACAAUCACAGGUGCCGCCGGUUUUCACCUCUGGACGCGUCAGUGCGCGUUCGACGACAACUUCACCCCGGCCAACGACUCCCUCUUCCAGCACUCUCUUCUCAAAAAGGUCAAUCCAAAGAACAAUCCCGACUUUCACGACUGCUGUUACCGCACAGUUCCUUUUGACAAGUUGCGGCCGGAUCUUGUUGAGGACGCGCUUAGUGGAGGCUCAAAGCUUGUGGAAACGUAUUCUGCUGGUGUCUGGGGACGAUAUGCAUUCAACAUUCAACGCAAAAUCAUGGAGAUGGCCCGUAAAGACGAGUCAAACGCAGGGGACCUCUGGGAGAAAGAGGAGCUGUUGAAGAGCACUUACCCAGUCGGCACGACUUUUGCUGAUGACUUCAUUGUCAUCGAAAAGUCUCCAAGCAGCAUCCUGCUGCGGGGCGGGCUCUCUCCCAGGGUGGCGCCCGAUGGCCCACGCGAGUUGGAUAGUAUUAUAACCCUAGACGCGGACCUCGACCGACAGGCCCGAGUCGUCAGCUUCAAGCUCAAGUCAAUACUCCUCAAUGGAGUGAGCGACGGUAAAGAUGCCCCACUACCAGGGCCCGCAGUCUUUUUGCAUCAGCAGUACGCUAAGCUGUUGGUAACUGCCGGUGCUGACCACUGUGUUGCGUGA